AUCCUUACAUCUGAACGAUCACGAACAACAAUGUGCCAAAGUAGGUUAUUAUUGAGCACGUCUGGAACAGAUCUGGAGUUCAUAGUGAUUCCUUUGUGUUACGAAUAUAUCUUUUUCUACGUAGGUUUAUAUCAAGAACGAUUAUGGUUUUAAAUUCAUUACAUAAAUAGGCUUUACCUAGAUUACAUAAGUAUUCACCGCAAGUAUAUUAUCUGUUUCUGUUUUGCAAUGGAUAUCGCAUAUUCCUAUUUUGAAGGAAUCGAUCUAACAGCUACAUUUAUAUUUUUAAUAAUAUUUCUUGCGACAGUUUUGUGGAUGACAUAUCCGAAAUCGGAUAUUCCAGGACCACGAGCAUGGCCUAUUUUUGGAAAUAUUCUACUUGUUAGUCAGUUUAAUAGUACACCAAAGAGAGUCAAGUUUGUUGAGGAGAUGACGAGGCAGUAUGGACCAAUGUUUCGAAUGUUUUUAGGACCAUACCAGAUCGUAUUUGUACAGGGUCAUAAACAUGUGCUUGAUGUUCUACAGAAACGAGGACGGGAAUUUAUAGACAGACCCAACUUUAUUCCAGGAAUCAAAUUAGCUGAAAAAGUAAAAGGAGGCAGUGGGAUUGUGUUUGCUAAUGGUGAUGACUGGAAGGGUAGGAGACGAUUCUUAAUACAAGCAAUGCGAGAUUUAGGUGUGGGAAGAUCUUCGUUAGAAGAAAAUAUUAUAGAAGAAAUACAGAAUGUCGCAGACGAUCUGGAAAAAAUGAAAGGAGCGGAGAUAACCAAUUUAAAGGAAAUGAUGAUAAAGGCUAGCUGCAAUGUUAUACAUAGUCUUAUAUUCGGAUAUAGAUACAAACAUGACAACGAAUCCCUUCAAAAACUCAUCAAGACAAUGGACAACAUUGUUUCAGGUCCUGGAUCUUUAUCAGCGUCGGGAAUAUUUCCGGUUCUGAAUUUAAUCAUGAAAGACUUUAAAGAUCUUAAGGUUAGGAGUGAAGGGUUUUCUUCUCUAAAAAGGUAUAUUGAAAAACACAUAACGGAACACCGAGAGUCAUUUGAUCCAGAAAACAUUCGGGACUUUAUAGAUAUGUAUCUGGUAGCCGAAAAAGAAGAGAGUGAACGGACGUCCGUUUUGAAUCCGGCGGCGUUGUUAACCUCAAUUAUAGAUUUGUUUGCUGCUGGAACAGACACGACUGCAACUACGCUUGAUUGGUCAUUCUUAUGGAUGAUUCAGUACCCGGAUGUACAAAAGAGGUGCCAAGAAGAAAUUACAAAGGUAAUAGGACCAGGUAGAAUGGUUCGAUUAUCUGAUAGACGUCAUUUGUCCUACACCGAGGCUACUUUAAUGGAAAUACAAAGACUGUCAAAUACAGCUAUUUUUGCUCUUCCCCAUGUAGCAGUCUAUGAUACAACAAUCAAUGGCUUCAAAAUACCUAAAAAUACCAUUAUUAUUCCAAGCCUGAUCUAUGCACAUUUUGAUGAAACAAUCUGGAGAGACCCGAAGGAGUUUAAUCCAGGGAGGUUUCUAAAUAAAAACAAUGACAUUAUCAACAAAGAAUAUUUGAUACCUUUUUCGUUAGGCCCACGGAUCUGCCCUGGAGAAUCGUUAGCACGGUCAGAAUUGUUUCUGAUAUUUUCAAACCUUCUACAUAGAUUUGAAUUCUCUAAAGUCGAUCCAGAUGAUAUUUUAUCAUUUGAAGGGAUAACCGGGUUAACAAUGACACCAUCGCCAUACCGACUUAAAGCUGAUUUGAGAUAAAUUGACGGUAUGUGUGUACAUCCAAUAUGUCAAACAGAACAGGAUCUUAGAAUACAUGUUCUUAAUUUUAAAUUGUUUGAACUUAUAUGUAUUAAUUACUGUAAAUUCAGAAAUUAUUACGAGGUUUUAUUAAUGCAAAUAACGCGAUUAUUUGAGUACCGCAAUAAUAAAAACUCGUAUUCUGAUAACAAAUACAUAAAUCUGUAUGUAGCUUUUCCAAAAUUCGCAAUAGUUAAACUCGCAUUUUUGUUAAUUUUUAAAAAAUUGCAAUAAUAAAUGCAUGCAAUAAUUUCUGAAUUUACAAUUAUGUGACAUUUCUUUUUAUAUAUAUUUGAUCAUAGGAUGCAAUCGUUUAAAAUUCAAUUUAAAUGUAAUAAAAAGAUAAAUUCAA